AUGGGCGCCCUGACGCCAUCAUCGGAAUAUCUUGCCAGCCUGUCCCGCAAUGCCAUCAGGAAGGUGAAACGUCAGAACGAUGAUGUCGCAGAUGUUCGGGAAGACCUUGUUACCCUCGGCGGCAGAGUGCAUAUGAUCAGAGUCACCCUUGGCAGUCGCGUCUACUCUCUCGUUAUCGAUACUGGAAGUUCAGAUACCUGGGCCGCACAAGCAGGCUUGGUGUGUAAGGACGCGAAUGGCGCUACUGUCGCAACCUCCAUGUACAGAUUCGGUCCUCUUUACAACACAAUAGUGUCGCAAAGUUACAAGGCCUACAAUUCACGACAAGCGUUUGGUGUCAACUACACCAGCGGCGCUGGCUAUGCUCCACGUCAGACCAUCAACCAGAAGAUCGGCAUUGUACAGCAAGGAUAUUGGGAUGGCGACGGUACUAGCAGCGGAUUGAUGGGACUUGCAUAUUCAAGACUGGCAAGUGGAAGCAGUACCAUUGGAUAUGAGGCCGUCAUAUUCUCUCUCAUCAAAAUCGACGGCUUCAGCAUCGCUGCCCCCACCGGGUCCAUCGUCACACCCCAGAAUUAUGCCGCCAGCAGCCAAAACAUCAUCGUCGAUUCAGACACCACGCCCAUCUACCUGCUCGACCGGAUCGCGGAAUACGUGGCUACUUUGUUCCAAUCUGCCGCUACAUACAACGCUAACUCUAGGCUUUCCCUCGUCAAUUGCGCUGCUGUUGCACCGAGGGUGGAUGUCACGGUUGGCGGCAAAACGUCCUUCAUCAGUACGAAUGAUUUGAUGAACAGGGGAUCGGGGGCUGUCGGGGGUGUUGCGGCUGGGGGGUCGUCGACUCAGUGCGUGUUGGCUAUUGCGAGGACGGCGGGGGGCGUGGCGAUGUUGGGGGAUAGUUGGAUGAAGAAUGUGCUUGUUGUGUUUGAUUUGGGGGGAACAAGGUUAGGAUUGCUAGGAAGGAGAUGUAUUAGAUGGGAAACAAGACGUGGAGGAGCAAGGGUUGCAGAGUAGCUGGA